AGUUGAUGUACGAACUAAUAUGUACUACUUCCUUUUUCUAUUCGGACGGUAACCAAAAUGGGUUAUCGAGGACGCAAGAAGGUUUUGAAGCGCUUGACUGCGCCGAAAUCAUGGAUGCUGGACAAACUCGGAGGUGUCUUUGCCCCCCGACCCAGCACUGGACCCCACAAGCUGAGGGAAUCACUCCCCCUCAUUGUGUUUUUGAGGAACCGUCUAAAGUAUGCCUUGACAUAUGAUGAGGUUAAGAAGAUCACCAUGCAGAGAUUGAUCAAAGUCGACGCAAAAGUCAGAACUGACAAGAACUUCCCCACUGGAUUCAUGGAUGUUAUUUCCAUUGAGAAGACCAAUGAAAAUUUCCGUCUUCUCUACGAUGUCAAAGGACGCUUCACUGUUCACCGAAUCCAGAAAGAAGAGGCCAAGUACAAGCUGUGCCGUGUUCGUAAAGUUGGUGUAGCUGCCAAGGGCGUUCCCUACAUCACCACACACGAUGGCCGCACCAUCCGUUACCCUGACCCUCUCGUCAAGGUCAACGACACCGUCAUGCUGGACAUUGGCACAGGAAAAAUCAAGGACUUCAUCAAGUUUGACUCUGGAAAUCUGUGCAUGGUGACUGGAGGCCAUAACUUGGGGCGAGUGGGUGUGAUUCAGCACCGAGAGAGACAUCCAGGGUCAUUCGACAUUGUACACAUCAAGGACUCUGUGGGCCACACAUACGCCACCAGAUUGAGCUAUGUGUUUGUGAUUGGAAAGGGAAACAAGCCUUGGAUUUCACUUCCAAAAGGAAAAGGUGUCAAACUGUCUAUUGCAGAGGAAAGAGACAGGCGUCUUGCUGCAAAAACUUCGUAAAUUAUGGACAGUUCACAAUAAAAGAAAUAACACACUAA